ACCACAUUAGAGAGACUCCUCAAUGCCUCCAACAAUAAUGAACUCCCCUCCUCCGUCAUGUCCCUGUUGACUACACAGUUUGUACAUUACCUUCUCAUAGUAAGCACUCAUUCUUGGUUGGUAAACAAGUAGGAUUGAACCAGCUACGCUCAUCAUGUUUUCUGUAGUUUGGUAAGACCAGUAAUGUGAUCUCCCGAGGCAUUUUCUGGUAGUAUCCUUGCCAGUGCAGAAGUUUUGACAUCGUUAGGUUUGUGUACCAUCAAUCUCUACGACUAGAAAGCAUUUUUCAGACUAAUAUAAAGUACUAUCCUCGCAUGCUGCAUAUCAUCUCUCCCAAGGUUUGACUUACCGACCAAGAUUUCUUUGGUUCUACUAACAAAAACCAGCAAGAAAAAUCAUGCAACUAAUGUAAAAUUUGUAGGAGCUCGAUCCACGAAAUUGAGCGCAAUGACCGCUAACACAUAAGAUUAGUCUCACAGUUGUAGUAAGUAGAUCUUGUCGAAAAGUUGGAGCCCUAAGGAAAAGGCAUUUAGCCAAGGGGAGUGGAGCAAUGGGUACUAUGUAUAAGAAUAGCUUCUCCUUUAUAUGUACAUGCACCGUCUAUUACGCUACAUGCAAUCACUACCGCUCACACUAACUAAUUGAGUAACGACAACUUCUCUACUACGUAAGCAUAAAGGCUACCGAUGUUGGUAAAUUUACAUAUUGGAUUUUUGAAGUUCAACAACCAUUAUAUUUUUCAACUUCGUUUCUGGUAUAGCUUAGACUCUAGGAAAUAUUUCCCCGAAAUCCCCAGGUAACACGUGUUCCCAGGCGGGCACGUGCUUCUGUCCGAAAGGGGAGGAGCCAGUGGAAUUGAAGGAUGAAGCACGAGUUAUGGCGCUUUUGCUUUUCGAGUAAUUUAUUUUCAGAUUCAGAGAUUGAGUCAUUUGUUAACCCAACUAAAAUAGGUUCUACCGUACAGUUGAUAACUGUACAAUGGGUAGUACAACGUGAUCAUACUUUAAGCAAAUGCUAAACUAUUACUGCCUGUAAUUUUCAGAUUCAGAAGAUGUCUCUCAUAUAUCUUAUUGCAAUUUCGAAUCUUCAGAUGUGCUGGAGGUAGAUUUGAAUUUUCUCGCAAUACUGAAUUUCGAAUUUUCAGACCUGAUCUACCGGUAGAUCAAGCUCUCUUCUUUGUUUUCGACCCUAGCAUGGAAAUUGAAGCAUUUUCUUCUAAUCACGCCAAUGCAGCAGAGGAUGCAGGAGAUGGUACCGUUAGGAGAGUGAAGCCGCCACACGUUUUCUCCAAUGGGGCUUCCUAUAGCGGUGAGUGGGUGUCAGAAAAGAGGGACGGACACGGAACACAGAAUUGGCCAGACGGAGCUGUUUACGAAGGUAUUGUGAGCCAAAGCGUGAAAAUUAGAGUAACAUGUAGUUGGAUUUUUCGAAUGAACUAGGCUUUCAAGUAGCUUUCCAUCGACAUGACCUUUAUCUUCAUCUUCCUUGUCACCAACAUGUUGUAGAUCAUUCUCCCUCCCGAACUACAUUUAUAUCGUCAUUUGAUGGUGGUCACGCUGUAACCCUUUGUCUCCAUGAUGAUUACCAGGUCAAUGGAAGGAUGACAAGGCACAUGGUUUCGGCAAAUUUAUUCAUACAGACGGCGACAUAUAUGAAGGCCAGUGGGUCAAGGACAAGGCGCAAGGCGAAGGAACCUACUACCACGAGGACGGUUCCAAAUAUCAAGGACAAUGGUAAUUUAGAAAUGUUUGUCAUUCUCUCUUCUGACAGAAAUGAUAAUUUCUUGUUUUAUUUUCAUCCAGUGUCUAACAGAAUACUUUGUAACACUGUAAUUUAUUAUUGCUGUAGUUAGAACUCAAAAGAGACUCAGGGAAGUCGUGGGUCCAAUCCGAAUCGACUAGCGUCAUCAUCAGACGCGACAGGUCUGCUGAAACCUAGGCACCCCCUGCGUCGGACGUUGCUCAUAGUUCCUGAAGUCAACUAGGACAAUCGAUCUGGUAUACAUUUUCAUGGUAACAUUCUAGUCUGUCCCAUUGCCAUGCCUUAUGCUGUCCCCUCAUCCUAUCGAUUCUGUUCAGGUUGGAAGACAAGCAGCAUGGAUUUGGGUUAGAGAUGUGGCCAGAUGGUGCCAGAUAUGAAGGUCAAUAUGUAGGCGGAAAAAAGGAAGGCGAAGGCCGAUUCAGCUGGGACGAUGGCAGCUCAUACAAGGGGGAAUUCAAGUUCAACGAAAUUCAUGUUAUGACAAAUCAAAUUUAGAUUUCCAGAAAAUGUUUAGAGCGAGAAUACCUCUGCAAUCGCAGUAGGGAACUAAAGUGCGCAGAAAUCCCUCAUCCUUGUUCUUAACUGUACCUAAACUCCAUUACAGUCGCCCAGUGCGGGACUCACAAUCCAAUAUUCGGCUAGAUUAACUGGUAGAAGUCGCCCGGAAAAUCUUAGUGAGGCGCCUCUUCUUAAAGUCGCCCUGUGAGUGACUCACACUCCAGCAUCAGGCUAGACUAACCGCCAGGAUUUUGGGCACUUCUCAGAUGAAUCCUCUUCACCAUCCUCCUCAUCUAAUUUCCGCUUCGGAGUGUACGUGUGGGCAGACGGGCGACGAUUCGAAGGGCAAUGGGAGAAAUCAAGGAUGCACGGCUCAGGAACCUUCUCCUGGAGUGACGGGAGAGUGUACUUACAAUCCAUUAUCUGUAGACUCGUCUGGGAAAUCUUAGGCAGCUCGCCGAAUAUAUUCAAAUCAUCACCUGUGGACGUCUAUUACUUGUUCUAGAGACGUCAACUCUUUUCCGAAGGUGUGGAUGCAAAUCACAACUUGGUAAAACGUAGCUACUAUAUUUCAUCAGGUAUAAGGGCGACUACAACAAUGAUCAGAAGCAUGGAUACGGCGAGUUUACGUGGCCGGACGGCCGGAAAUAUGCUUAUGACAAGCAAGAGUGCAUCCUCACCCUCAACAUAUUCAUCCUGUUUGAGUAUCAUCUUUUCUAAAUAGAGAAAUUUUAGCUGUGCUUGAAUAGGUGCAUGUAUCAGAGCAUCAAUAACUCUCUCUUUAGGCGAUCAAUCAUCAAUUAAUAAGAGGAAAAGAAGACACUAAGACCUGAUUUACUUAGUGAUUCACGCCAAGGAUAUUAUCAACUAGUACUAGGAGCACCAAUGAGGGAACCCAUGUUAAGGAUUACAGUUUUUUUAUCGUUCGUGGCACCGGGAUAGUUGGCACCAGGAGGGGCAUGUAGCCAGUAGGUACCUCGCCGGAUAGGAAAAGACUCCAGUCAUCUAUCAGCUCUAAUCUUUGGGUCAGUGGUUCAAUGCUAAGCAGCAUGGGAAUGGUAUCUACACGAACGUUAAGGGCGAAUCCAGAGAGGGCGUCUGGGAAGAUGGGCGAAGGAUGAAGUGGCUUAGUAAUGCAUAGAGGACAGUUGUAAUAAGGAGGGAGGAAGGACAAGAAGGAGGCCUAUGCAAUAGUGUCUCUUAGAGGGUUAUGCUCAAUCAUGAUAGAGACGCACACGCAUGACAAGACAAGCUCUACUGCGCUUUUUCUCACUAUCCACUAGUACUCUUCUAAUGAGAUAGAGGUUGUGAUUGUCAUGUAGAACCGAUGGCCCAUUCCAUCUUUCAAUCGCACUCCUACUUUUACUACUACAUAGAAAGAAGAGUCGCCAAGACUUAGUAUGACAUAGACCGAUGGAUUGCAAUUGCAUGUAGUUGCUCGCAUAGGAAAUUUGCAGACAUGAAAAUCCCUGACCUUACUUUUCUCAAUCAUACUAACCAUUUUCCACAGUUUGCGCGUAGCUAGUAGUUUUAUCUCCCGGAGAUAGUUGCCUUCAUCCUUCAUUCCAAAUCCGAAUACCAAGCCUUGUGAUCAUAAGUAUGUCAUUUCUAGUUAUGCUCGACAUUAAUACCACUAUUUCUACUCAAUAAGUCAGUCUAGCAAGUAUUUGGGUACCUAAUUCAGUCUUGAUGCUGAAAGAAAUUAGAUUGAUAUCCUCGACUAUCUGACUCACUGUCUUUGUAGAAAAUUGAUGAUUGUCGCUUUCUUAAACUGUUUCUGAUGUCAUCAUACUGAAAUGAAAGAUUAUAUCUUAUCUUACUUAGCAUUCACUGUACACUGCUACCCAUGGGCUUCAGAUUGUCAUGUCACGGAUGAAAAUUCAUUCUGUCGUCGAUGCAUGUAAAUAUACGGAAGUUGCAUGUUGUAUGUAGUGUCUAUAUUCCUUCGACGACAAGAAGAAGAUUAGACUUGUGAUCAAUCCAGCCUCACGGCGGUGUGAGAU